AUGCCAACAAUCCGGCAUCCAAGCACCACUGUACCUUACGACGAAUUCUUCGCACAAUUUUCCUGUCCUACUGUGCGCAACAACGGCAAGAUCAUUGCAAAGUUGGCAGCUACAAUCACAGAGUCAGGACAGCCUUAUAGCACUGAAAUACAUGGAACCAUCAGCAUAGAACCGUCCAAGUCCUACGCUGGCUUUCCCAAGCGGCAUUCCAUUCGGCUGCUUUACUGGCAACGAGGACGUUGCAUCAUCUCCCCGCGAGGGAGGUGUUAUGCGAUCAGCAACUUUCAGUUGCCCAUCGGGACGUUCAACGAGUUAUUGUACGGCACGAUGGUGCAGAACUUGACCUACGAUUGUAGCCCGAUUGGAGCUAUCCACCUCCCCCCCGCACUCGCCCCAACAGCGGCGCCCCGCCCCCCCCUUUGGCUCAACGCGGUGGAGCAGCGGGCGUGGCUGACGCAGCUCGUCUUCACCCUCGUGCACACCAAGCACGCGCAGCUGGACGAGGAGCAGGGUUUACCAAUGUCGAUGAUGCUAGCAAGAAGGUUGUAUCUCGGGAAAGAUGUUGAGGAACGGAAUCUCAAGCAAAAUGUCAAUAAACCCACAAUUUAG